AUUCAAACUCACCUCGUCCAAUCUUACCAACAAUGGCUACAAACAAUCAAUCAACUUCUUCAAAUCCAAUUCAAUCAACUUCAACUACAAAUCCAAUCAAACCUACCAAACCAAAAUCAACUAGUUCUCAUCUCAUCGAAUAUUUCAUUGCAGGUGGUACAGCAGGUGCGAUGAGUAGAACAGUAGUAUCUCCUUUAGAAAGACUUAAGAUCAUCUUUCAAUGUCAAGGUCCUGGUAGUUCAAAUUAUCAAGGAAUGUGGCCUUCGUUAGUUAAGAUUGGUAAAACUGAAGGUUGGAGAGGUUAUUUUCGUGGAAAUGGUAUUAAUGUGAUUAGAAUCGCUCCUUAUUCAGCCAUUCAGUUUUCAGCAUACGAAGUAGCCAAAAAACUUUUAACAAGAUUAUCACCUACACAAGAAUUAAAUACCCCAUUAAGAUUAACAGCAGGAGCGAUAGCCGGGAUAUGUUCUGUGGUAGCUACUUAUCCAUUAGAUUUAGUUAGAUCUAGAUUAAGUAUAAUUUCAGCUGAGAUCGGAACGAAACCCCAAGCCCAUCAAAACUCAACAGGGAUCAUCAAAACCAGUCUAGAGAUUUACAAAACCGAAGGAGGUUUACGUGGAUUGUAUAGAGGUUUGAUUCCUACAGUCAUAGGUGUGGCUCCUUAUGUUGGAUCGAAUUUUGCAAGUUAUGAGUUUUUAAAACAAACGUUUUGCCCCCCUGAUCAAUCAUCACCUUAUAAUGUUCUUAAAAAAUUAGGGUGUGGUGCAUUUGCUGGUGGGAUGUCACAAACUGUGACGUAUCCUUUAGAUGUGUUAAGAAGAAGAAUGCAAGUCACUGGAAUGAAUGGGAUGAGUUUUAAGUAUGAUGGAGCUUGGGAUGCUACGAAGAAAAUCAUUCGCAAUGAAGGACUUCGUGGACUUUAUAAAGGUUUAUGGCCUAAUUUAUUAAAGGUUGUACCUAGUAUUGGAACUUCUUUUGUUACUUAUGAAAUCGUACGAGAUUGGUUAUUAGCCAUCUAA